AUGCGUUUCACCUCCAUCUUCGUUGCCGGCGCUUUCGCCACCAUGGCCGCUGCCCAGAGCAAGACCGUCUCCAUGUCCCCUGCUCAGCAGUCCCAGAUGGACUGUCUCGAUGAGUGUGAGGCUGGUGAUGUCAAGUGCCAGUCUUACUGUAUCACCGUCCCUUCUCCUAACGAGGACGACAUCAACAAGACCACUGAGUGUGUUGCUGCCUGUCCCAAGGGCAAGGGCUCUGAGGCCGACACUGCCAAGUACUCCGCCUGUCUCGAGGACUGUAUCGCCGACAACUACUGGAAGUCCGUCGAUGGUACUCCCCGUGGUACUGACGUCCCCGACGCCAAGAGCAAGGCCUCCGAGGCUGCCUCCUCCGCCGCUGAGAAGGCCACUGGCACUGACAGCGCUGCUACUGCCGCCGCCACCGACGCCGAGGCCACCGAGACCGGUGCUGCUGCUACCGAGUCCGACUCCGAGGCCAGCUCCGGUACUGCUACCGGCACUGCUGCUGAGGUCUCCGAGACUGGUAACGCCGCUACUGCCCUCGUCGGCGGUGUCUCCUUCUUCGGUCUCGCUGCCGCCAUUCUCGCUCUGUAA